UGGUUUGUUUGUUUAAAUUUUAUUUUUCAGAUUGUCAAUGGCUACUUUGUACACUUCUUUGCACCAACAAAUCUUCCAAAGUUGCCCAAGAAUGUUAUUUUUGUAAUAGAUAUUAGUGGCUCAAUGGCUGGAAGAGAAAUAGUGCAGACAAGAGAAGCACUUCUAAAAAUCUUAGAUGACAUCAAAGAAGAUGACUUCUUCAAUUUCAUACUGUUUGGUAGUGAAGUACAUACCUGGAGAGAAACAUUAAUCAAGGCCACUCCUGAGAAUUUGGAUGAAGCAAGGAAGUUUGUUCAGGGCAUUGACACUGAAGGCAUGACGAAUUUACACGGUGGUAUAAUGAGGGGAAUUGAUAUGCUGAAUGCUGCUCACGAAGGAAACCUUGUGCCCAAGAGAAGCGCUUCUAUAAUUAUCACGUUAACAGAUGGCCAACCAAACGUAGGCGUAUCAAAUACUGAGGACAUUCAGGCACAUGUAAAAAAAGCCAUAGAAGGAAAAUAUCCCUUAUACAAUCUUGGUUUUGGCUAUGGCGUUGACUACAGCUUCUUGGAGAAGAUGGCACUGGAGAAUAAAGGAUUGGCCCGUCGGAUUUAUCCUGACUCUGAUGCAGCUUUACAGCUUCAGGGGUUUUAUGAUGAGGUGUCAAAUCCCAUGCUCACGGAUGUGGAAUUAAAUUACCCAGAAAAUGAAAUAUCAGACCUAACUAAAAACAGUUUUAAGCAUUUCUAUGAUGGGUCUGAGAUUGUGGUGGCUGGGCGCUUUAUAGACUACAACCAGAACAGUUUGACUGUAGAUGUGAGAGGUGAAGGUGCAAACGAUGCCCUGUCAUAUACUACCAAACAAGAUGCUGAGCAAACAGCUAAAGCUUUCCAAGAAAAAGAAUACAUAUUUGGAGAGUACAUUGAAAGGCUCUGGGCUUAUUUCACCAUUGAACAACUCCUGGAAAAACGUAUUGCAGCUACUGGAGAAGAAAAGGAGAAUCUUACAGCCGAGGCCCUGGAUCUCUCACUAAAAUACAAGUUUGUAACACCACUGACAUCCAUGGUGGUAACAAAGCCAGAAGAAAAUGACAAUCAAGAUGGAAUUGCUGAUAAACCCAUUGAAGCUGAAGCACAGGCUGGCACAGCUGUUAUGCCGGCUCCACAAGUCUCUUACCUAUAUAACGCACACCCCACAUGGUACACUAGCGUUGAUGGAGAUCCACACUUCAUUAUAUCGGUGCCACAGAAAGAUGAUGCCAUUUGUUUCAAUAUCAAUGAAAACCCAGGUGCUGUGUUGAAUUUAAUUAAAGACCCAGUUACAGGCAUCACAAUCAAUGGAGAACUCAUUGGUGAUAAGAUUGUAAAUAACGAUGCAAAGAUCCAAAAUACAUAUUUUGGAAAACUUGGCAUUGCAAAUAAGCACCUGGAUUUAAAACUGACAGUAACUCCUGAGAAGAUCACACUUCAGAAUGGCAAUGAACAAACAGGUUUCACCUGGCUGGACUCAGUCACCUUGCAACAAGAAGGUUUAACUUUGAUAAUUAAUAGGAAAAAGAACCUAGUGCUCAAAAUGGGCAGCGGUGCCUCAUUUGUUAUUGUUUUGCAUCAAGUAUGGAAGAAACAUCCUCUCCACCAAGAUUUCCUAGGACUGUAUACAUUGGAAAGUGAUAAACUGUCUGAACAGACCCAUGGAUUAUUAGGACAGUUUUUCCACCCCAUUGACUUCACCAUACUUGAAAUUCAUCCUGGAUCUGAUCCCAAGAAACCAGAUGCCACAAUGAUUGUUAAAAACAAUGAACUGACAGUAACGAGGGGCUGGCAGAAGGAUUACAGAACAGAUCCCACCCACGGCCUCGACCUUCCUUGCUGGUUUGUCCAUUACAAUGGAGCUGGGCUGCUAGAUGGCGUUCAUACCGACUAUAUUGUUUCCAGUCUGUUUUAAAUAACUACAGCUUCCUCCAAGUUCAGGGGUAUAGAGUAUUUGUCUGAAAAAAACCCAGUAUUUUUCAAUGUUGAAAAAGUAUUAAAAAUACAUAAGCUCACCGUGUUUGGUCAUGCCAAGGUAUGACUGAUUCUCACAGAGAGUUUUACUGUGUUUUUAAUCAACUCUUAAGUGCUGAACAGCUAUUCCCUUUGUGUGCAGACACCAUUCAUCCCCUGAAAUACCCUCAUUUUAUUGAAUUAAUUUACUAGUUUUAAAAUUCUGACUUAAAUCAUUACUUUGUAAAACAUAACAGAAACAUUCUGUCCAAUUUUAAAUCAAUAUCUGAGUGUCAGGAGUGAUUUAAAUAAAAGCCUCAGUACAUAG